AUGGCUUGGUCGAAAGAUUUGCUAAUGGUCGAGCUUAAUCUCAUCAGCUUCUUAAACAAUAAUUGCGUCUUGGGGCCUAGGUAUCUAGAGAAGAAAUCUGAUCAGCUCUGCAAGUAUGAACCUCACCCAAUCAGGGCUUCUAUCCCUGUUUGUCAAUCUAAAGGAAUCGACUGGACGAAUUGGAAUAAGAUGUUGCCGAGGUUAUUCCCAAAAAUAGACGUGUCAAGUAUGGACUUCUAUUGGGUGGAUUGGGUAAAAAGGAUGGAACCUCAGUAA